AUGUCGGAUACUGAGUAUAUAUCAGAUUCGGAAGAUGAUGCACUACGGGGAGAAUUACUAAUAGAUCAGAAUAAAUUUGCUGAUAUUUUAUCAAGACUAUCUCCUAGGAAACAAGAACUAACAAGACACCGACUAGAAAGAUUAACAAACGUAUCAUAUGUAAAUAGAGAAAAUAAUACUCGGAGUGCUCGACUACGUCAUCACCAAAACAACGAGAUAAGGAACACAAUUAGCAACAGAAUCGAAGAUAGUGACGAUGAUUCGGAUUUAAACACAAUCGAUCUUAUUAGAAAUCUACCGAGAAGGUCAAAUAACGAGAUAGAGCAACGAAAGGAUAGCACUUCACAGCAUCAAAGUCAAAAUCAUACUGUUACACAAAACAAUGUUGACAAUACAGUUGUCCUCGACGACCAAGAAAACGAACAUCAUUUGCAAUCGUAUUUGAAUACCACAACCUCGUAUGUUACUUGGUCAGGUAGAAGUUUAAGGAAAAGAAAUUUUGCUAGCACACAUCCCUAUUUAGCAGAUCAAGCACAUUAUUUGGGACUCUCCGAUGUUGACUAUUUAAAUGAAAUUUACGAAGAGAACGACCACAAUCUAGAGAAGGUGGUGAAAUAUUUAAAUUAUAAUUACGAAAGAUUAAAAAAGAGGUAUCCAAAGGAUGAAAAGUAUAGGAGCAAGAAUUUUUACACCAUAAUUAGUCGACAAUCACAUUUAGCUAGAGAAAAGGAGCUUCAAGAGGAGCAAAUAACAGGCGAUUCUGUGUCUUUACCAAAUAUCAAUGAUGAAUUUGAGGAGGAAGAUGAUGAAGGGAAUAAGGAAUUUACAAUUGACCCAUUAGAUGAUUUGAAUUCACAAAUAUAUGAAACAGAUGAAUCCAGCAAUGAGCCAGAUGACUUUUUGCAACCAGUCAAACACCAUCGGUUGGUCAUACCAGAUGAUGAUGAAGAUAACGACACCAACAACAUCAAUGGCAAUUACUAUAGUAGAAAUGUUGUUGAUGAAGAAAGUGGUAGUGGUUCCGAUUCUGAUUCGAGCAAGUCAGAUAUUUACGUCAGAGUGGGUGGCAGAUUUAGGAAAGAAAAGAAUGCACUAAAAGGAGUGCUUCCUGAAUCAGCAAAAAGACUAUCGAUAUAUCAACCAGGUUCUAAAAGGUCAUCAAAUAGACACUUGCAGAAGUCACAAGCAGUUCUGGAGUAUAGAAAAGGAAUGGCAUUGAGAAAACGCACAAAAAGAAAAAUUUCUGAACGAGACGAUUUCACUGGGUUUGUGGAUGAUACCAUAACCUAUGAUACGAAUAAUGAACUUUAUCAUGAAUUGUACGACCAGCCUGUCGUUAUAGAAGAACAAACUCCAUCGUUGAGCUACCCAAGUUUUGAAAGUGUUACAAACUUUUCAGAAAGUUCGGCCUCAGAAGAUGAAGACAAACAGAUGAGCUAUGAAAGUGAUUUGGAUAUAUUUGAUGUUAGACCUAGAGAGGCAGAUAUUGCAGGUAUUGACGAAGAGACUAGAAAUGUUGAUGAUAACGAGGAGUUGGAUGAACCUCUAGAUUACGAAGUCCGUGAAGGUGAUUAUAUAAAUCACAUGUUAGCAACUGCGCCUAAAAGCAAAUCCACUAGAUCAAAGAGACAAAGCACUGGUACUACUGCUACUAUGAAUACUUCCAGCAGAAGGACAUAUAAAUCACAAAAACGUUCCAUAGCUGGAAUGUUGUCACGAUCUAAAGGUGCCCGUGGUCAUAGCACCAAGGGAGACGUUCAGCGGUCAGAUUCGAGUACUGUUUCAGUAAUGAAUAGAUCUACACCAAGUAGAAGGCGACAACCAAAAGCUAGAUCUACAAGAGUUAGAUCUGACGAUUCUUAUAGCAGGCUUCCAGUGAAAAGAAUUACUUCUCUUCAACACCAAAGAUCCAAGAAAACGACAGCCUCAACUCGCAAAUUGAAAAAGAGAAAAGACACUUUACAAUUAACGACAUUGGAUAAUUAUAUUAAAGGCAACCCAAGAGACAUUUUUGCUGACAAUUAUUUGUUUCUGAGAUCGCCUAUUUUAUCAACAACGAUCGUUGAAGCUGAAAGUGUAACGAGGUUUGUCAAAGAGACAUAUAAGAAUGUUAACCCUUCAGCUCCGCAAAUUGCGCCAAGUAUAAUCCUAGGUUCGCAGCCUAUUUUCGAGUUUGGAUGUAUUUUGAACGACAUUGUACUUGAUAAAAUAACUGCAUUGGGUGACGGAAAGUUUUAUCAAAUAUACAAGGAUUCAGUGACAAUCGAAUUUCUAGGAGAAACAGUGGUGUUAACUUUGAUUGACCACGAAUCUUCGAAAGCGAGAUAUGAGAAAUUACUAAUCCAUUUGGCUAGACUUUUCAAAAGUUCUGAUCUAUCAAAUGAAUCAUUGAUACAAACUUUUUAUACAACAAUCAAAGGAAUUUUGGAAUGGAAUUUGAUUCUACAAGAGCGUCCCACUGAAAGAAAUUGGAAACUUGCUCAUUUAGUUUUAUCAAAUAUUAUUGAUAGUCCCUAUUUAACUGCUAGUAGUAUAAGAUUUAUUUUGCCUUACUUUUUUCUUGUGGGAUAUACCAUGAAUAUGAUUGCUAAACUUAAUGGCAAGACCAGUUCCUGUGACUUGAAUAAUUUGGGAAUGCGAUACUGGCAAUUAUUUUUUGAAACGUUUUCAGGCGAUUUGUUUGAAUCGAUGAAUUUUGAAGCCGGAAGCAAAUCAAAAGAAGCAGAGUCAUAUUUCAUACUUUGCAGAUUAUUAGAAGAGUCGGGUGUUUGGUGGACCACAAUAGUGAAUGCAUUACAAGUAUAUAAGGCUUUUGAUGUAUCGUUGUUGUUAGAGUCGGUGUUUUGCUUAUGUGUAUUUGCAAGAAAAGGAUAUUCAUGGGAACCAUUACAAUUGGUGUACCAAAUGGCCAGUGCAGAAGAAACUCUUGGUGUUGAAUUCUAUUAUAGAUACCUUGAGAUUGUUUAUUUUAUGAACCAGAGAAACAAUUGGCCACUUCCUGAAACAGUUGUACUUCAAAUUUAUUCUUCGAUUACAAAGAUGAAAUUUGCAAAUUUUAUUGACGAAAUCGGUAUGCCUGACUUGAUUGGAAAAGUUUCCACCCGGUUUGAUAUCCCUGAUGACUCAUUUUUUGAAAGAUUUAUGCAAUUGCUUUACUGGUAUAUUUCUGGGUUAUCUGAGCCUUCAAAAGUGAAGAAAUUGGUAACAAAAUUAUUCACAUUCAGCAAGUUCCAAUAUGUCAACGAUCAAAACCAUCAUGUUAUGUUUAUCAAUAGAUUGAAUUUCAUACUUUUGUUAGCCCUGGUAUCUAAAGUGGAUUUGAAAACUCAAUUGCUAAAUUUGUUGGAAGGUAUUAUGAAUGCUAAAGAUGCAAAAUUAAUAAAAUUAGCAUCAAAAGGUGUUUGUGUCUUAACAGAAAUUGCAAUACAAAGAGAUACAAAGUUACCAAUAGAGGGUAUUUCCAUUGUCAUUCAAUGUUGUGUCAAUGGAUACUACAGUGUUCAUGGGGUAUUAAAAGUAUGGAAGAAUUUCCUAACUUUGAUUAAAGAUCUCUUUCAUAAUCCAUUAAGUCGUCUUUCGCACCUGCUUCAACUUUUAAAUAUAUCCAAAUCCAUUGAUAUUAAUAAUAUUCCUGACAAAAUUAUUAUAGACAUAUGUCGUAUUUUGUCGGAUAUAACUUCGUCAAUGAUCAAUGCAAAAGAUGUGGUUGUACAGAAACACAUUAAAACUAUUACAUCGUUAAAUGAGUUUGUGGUGUCCUUAUUACAUAGACAAAUGGGACGACUUCCAUUACCCAGUGUUAUGCAAGAAAACCGUGUAUCUGGUUUAAUCGAAAUAUUGCUAUCCAUGUGGGUUCAAUGUGCCUUUAUUUUAGGUGAAAGUUGGGAGAGACUAAUAUUACAAACAUAUGCAUACACUGGAAAUCAGCAACUGCGUGAACAGUUUGCAUUAUAUUUUUAUUCUAAAAUCUUGCAAUUCAAUAAUUUACAAGGGUGCAAGGAGCUUGUGACAAGACAAGUAUUACGGGACUUGGUUUGUUUUAACCCGUCAAAAUAUCUUUUCUCGAUAUUGCAAAAACUACAAAAAGAGAGAUGGGGUCUAUUUAGUCCAGGAAAAAUGAAUGGUGUCACGUUGUUGAUGAUAACAAACUCCAGACACGUUGUUGUAUCAAAUAUACUUCAAAAUUUAGCAGCAAAUUCUAGUGCAAUCAGUAUUUAUGAAUACCAGUUAUAUGUUAAAGAUAUUCUACGCACUUUGAACAUUGAAUUUGAAAAAUAUUAUUCUUCGCUUCGUUAUAAAACUUUUUGUAUCAAUGUGAUAAAGGAUAUUCAGAAGUAUUGUGAACCGACUCUCAUUAAUGAGUCAUUAUUAGCCAACUUGGCAUCAAAAUUGGGUAUACUGGAAAAUGAAUUGUCACAUUUAAAAAUUCAAAAAUUGCCGUUGAAAGAAAAACUAAAAGCUUUUGUUGGAGAGUUUUUGAACUCGGUGUAUUUUGGUGGUGAUUACAUUAAAAUACUAGAAAAGUUUACAUUUGAGGAAGGUGUUGAAUUGAUUUAUCAUUUAGUUUCAGUUUUAUUGCAGGAAAUGCAAGCUAAUUCUGAUUUCAUAACUUGGAAAGUAAUCUAUUUGUUGCUAAAGUUUUUUGAUGAAAAUUUGAGAUUGUUUAAAUUCAAAUUUAUUAAUCUCCAGUUUAAACACUUUUUGAAACUGCUUGUUGAACUACCAAAAGUGAGACAACACAACACCAGUACUGCUGACCAAUAUUAUAGGAUUUGCUGUUUGUUAUGUAUCACAUCUAUUUUAAGAUAUUGCAAAAUUAUAUUUGAAGGUUACACUGACUUGAAUGAGAUUGAGUGUUACUGGGUGCUUUUCAGCAAUGCAGUUCACUCCUACAAUCCAGAUAAAUCCAGAUCAUUGGAAUUCGUUUACUCGUCGUUCGGAAUGCAGGAAUUACUAAAUGAUUUUAGAUUCCCAAAGGAUCCAAAUCCACAGGACGAUAUCCUGCAAGAGUCUUUACAGGUUGCUCACAGAGUAUUGGUUUCCGAGAUUGAUCUAAUUGAUACCACAUCGGGUGAAGUACCGGACACAUGCAUACUAGAUUAUGAUUUUAAUUUUUAA